GGUAGCUGGUCUUGAGCCUCUACAGGCAUCGACAUAUUUCCAUUCCAAUAUUGUCGUAGUCGUUUGUGGUAGUUAAGUGCAAGACGACAGUGAUGAGUUUGCAUCUGAAGGGAAUCUCUGAGGACUGUGAGACUGGCUAAAAUGGACAAUCAAAAUGACUAUUCAGAAACAAGAAAAACAACUAAGAGGAGGAGCAAACCAUCUGUUGGAACUGGACACAGACCACCAGAACCAGCAAAGCAGCAGAACAGCAAAUCAUCUCACAGCCGGAGUGACAACCAGCUCAACUUCAAUAGAGCGCCUGUGCCCUGCCCAAGAAGAGAAAGUAAUGCAUGCAGUGAUGUGAAGGCAAUGAACCGCAGCGGCAGAGAUGACUGGAGCCGGCCCGGAUCCGGCGGUCACCAUGACAACUACGACGAGGAGGACGACGAUGAAGAUGAUUAUGCCGUUCCGGAGGAAGACUACGAUGACGGAGUGGUGCACAUUCAGCCGGCAAAACACUGUCCCUCCAACACGCAGUAUGCAGACAGGGGUCCCCAGAGACCAAUCCCCUGUGUCCCAUCUGGAGCGGAUAGCAAGUUCAACACUCCCCCAAAACCUCCGAAAAGGAUCAUCCCAGGACCUGCCGUUAACAGAGACCUCAAGCCAGGCAGACAGCCUAAACCUAAGACAGAGGUGUUCUCUAAAGCUACUGCACCUGCACCUAUAGAGAGCCAGAAUCUAAGAAGCCCACAGAGACUUCCCAAGCCUCCCCAAAUGCUCCCUGUGCCUGACAAAACUAAACUCUUAAUGCAUGGGCAUGGAGGCUUUCCAACAGAACCCCAGACACCACCAGCAUGGAAGGAACUCCCUAAGUCUGCCCCAGUGCUCCCUGUGCUUGAUAAAACUACCGUGGGGACCAAACUCUUCCCAACAGACCCUCCGAGUCCACCAACAUGGAAGGAGUGA